AUGCCUCAACAAGAAUAUGUCCCUGAAGCCUGGGCUUUAGAUCCUGCCACUGACCCGUCAACGCCACGGAUCAGCCUUCGCAGCAAAGACCCCACGGAUGGCUUCACUUUUACUCUAGAGGCAAUUCGUGCCAAUGUUUUCAGAACGACCUUUACUUCAGAGACUCAUCCCCUGCCCCCGCACCCCAGCAUCCCCCGGCAGGCGCUGCAGUCACAGUUGAGCUCUAACGCGGCGGCUGUCGAAUCGGCAGACAAUCGCAAGAACAUUCGCCUGGGGGAUGUCUCUGCCUCUAUUGACUGGUCCGACGGCGCGCCUCUUGUCACAAUUAACCUGGAGGGCUCUAAAUCUGCCCUGCAUGAAGACGUGCCGCAUCGUUCCUACGCCGUCAAUGGCUCUGGCGUCGCCCAUUAUUCGCGCUAUAGGCGCAAUACCCUACACGUCGGUCUCGGCGAGAAAGCCGCACCCAUGGAUCUCUCUGGCCGGCGAUUUCAGCUGUCUGCGACCGAUAGCUUUGGCUACGAUGUCUAUCGUACAGACCCUUUGUAUAAGAAUAUUCCUCUCCUCAUUAAUGCGACCCCAACUGGCUGCGUGGCGUUGUUCUCAACCGCCCACACGCGCGGCGAGUACUCUGUAGGUGCAGAGAUGGACGGCAUGUGGGGACCUUACAAGGUCUAUAGACAAGACUACGGCGGCCUUGAGGAGAUUAUCAUCGUCGGCAAGACGCUGAAGGAUAUCGUCGGCACGUAUGCACAACUUGCGGGCUUUCCGCUGCUUGUGCCGCGGUGGGCAUUCGGAUACCUCUCUGGUGGGAUGAAGUACUCGAUGCUCGACGACCCGCCCGCAUCGGAAGCCCUGCUUGAACUGGCACGGAAGAUGAAGCAGUACGAUAUCCCCUGCUCGGCAUACCAAAUGUCGUCGGGCUAUACGGUCUCCGAGACGCCGCCCAAGACUCGCAAUGUAUUUACCUGGAACCGUCACCGCUUUCCGGAUCCCGAAGGCUUCAUUCAGGAGUACCAUAAGCUCGGCAUGCGGCUCAUUGCCAACGUUAAGCCGUAUGUUCUGGCAAACCACCCAGAGUAUGAAAAGCUCAAGGCCGCUGGCGCCCUGUUCAAAGACCCUCGCACUGGCGACACGGCAGUGACCCGGCUCUGGAGUGCCGGUGGCGGCGAGAGUGGCGAAGGCGGCCACAUAGACUUCACAUCGGCGGCGGGCUUCAAGUGGUGGUAUGAGGGCGUCCGUCAGCUUCGGCGGGAAGGAAUCGACUGCAUCUGGAACGACAACAAUGAGUACACCAUCACCGACGAUGACUGGCAGUGCGCCUUGGACGAGCCGUCUGUAAGAGACGCGUCGGAUGCGACCAGAUCCCGCCCACAGGUCGGGCUUUGGGGCCGUAACCUGCACACAGAGCUUCACGGCAAGGCUUCUCACGAUGCGCUCCUCGACGAAGAUCCCGAAUCACGACCCUUUGUGCUCACCCGCAGCGCCACGGCCGGAACCCUUCGCUACGCGUGCAGUUCGUGGAGCGGCGACAAUGUGACUUCCUGGCCGGGGAUGAAGGGCGCCAACGCCAUCGCCCUCAACGCUGGUUUCAGCCUCAUGCACUGCUAUGGACACGACGUUGGCGGAUUCGAAGGGCCGCAGCCGAGUCCCGAGCUGCUCGUGCGCUGGGUGCAGCUGGGCGCCAUGUCGCCGAGGUUUGCCAUCAACUGUUUCAAAACGGGCGGAGACAACAACGUCGGCGAUGUGAUCGAGCCGUGGAUGCAUCCCGAGGUGACGCCGCUCAUCAGACAGGCGAUCAAGAGGAGAUAUGAGAUGAUACCGUACCUAUACUCGCUCAUGCUGGUCAGCCACCAAGAGGCGGUGCCCCCGCAGCGGUGGACGGGCUGGGGCUACGAGACGGACCCCGAGGUGUGGACGAGCAGACAAAUCACAGACGGAGAGACGCAGUACUGGCUUGGCGACGCCCUGCUGGUCGGAGGCGUGUACGAGCCCGGAGUGAGCGACGCCUUGGUCUAUCUCCCCAAGGCAAGCGAUGACGACGAGGGCUUCAUCAAUAUCAACAGUCCGUAUGAGCACUAUGAGGCUGGUCAGUGGGCUACAGUGGAUGCACAAUGGCACGGCGCUGGUAUUCCCGUGCUGGCAAAGGUCGGGGCGGCCAUACCAAUCGGGCGGAACGUGCAGGUGCUCUCGCCGGGAGAGAAGGAGAACGUGGCAAGCUUGCCGCUGGAUGACUACCGCGGUGUCGAAAUCUUUCCGCCGCCACGAGGAAAGGGAGCAGAAGAUGGGAGGUGGUACAAGACCACGUGGUACGAAGACGACGGCGUGUCGACGGCGCAGAAGCACAGAGUUUCCAACUACACCAUUGCCUAUCGAGUUAAGGGAUCGGUGGUGGAAGUGACGUUUGCCAGGGACGAGAGCUCUGGGUUUGUGGCCCCGUGGACAAGCCUGAUCAUUACCCUCCCGGUGGGAGACACCAGAGACCUGACCGUGGUGGGUCAAAACGCGCAGUUUGCAGGCAUAGAUAGGUCUGGGCGCAGGUCAUUUAGCAUCGUAGCAUAG